AAAAAGUUAGAAACUGUAUUUUGCUAUAAUAAAUUUUCACAAAAAUUGUUUUUAACAAAUUCUAGUUUGAUUAAAAGCGGGAAAAUUAAUAUUUUUUCUUUUUUUGCAAUCAAGGAAGAAAUAAGUUGAAAUAAUGAAGAAAACAUUGGAUAAAUUCAUUUUCACGAUUAUAAUUGUGAUUUUAUUAUCAAUGAAUUCGUGGGAAAUUGCUAAUGGGGAUGGAGGAAAUGCUGCAAAACAGAGUGUUCGUUGUAGUAACUUAAUUGUUGGUACAAGAUCUCCAUCUGAUAAACUUUUGUGGAGGAUAAAUGUUAAUGAACCACCACAAUCAGGGCAAUAUAUUACUAUUAAUAAACGGUUCAACGUAGACAGAAUUCUUACACAAGUCAGCGCCUAUAAUCAAUCACCAAAUAAUAUCUGUGCUUUUCCGUCUCUUAUUGGCGGUGGUCCUGGAUUUAAAUAUGUUGAAUUGAGAUUCGUUUCACAAAGAAGCCGGGGUGUCGAUUUUCUUGUUCUACUUUACGUCAAAUAAAAAUUAAUUAAAAAAAUAAUAAAUAAUGAAUUAUUUUAAUCAUUCUGAUUU